GAGUAGCCGCUGCAUACUUGUCAAAUUAGCUUCGUUGAGCUAGCUCGCUAUUCAGGGACGUCUCUGGCAGAAGACUGCUGUGACUGUGGCAGACGAGGAUCGGAGCUUUAGUCCAAUAACCAUGACGACAGAAAUCUCCACCUCCAUAAACAUCAAGGAGCCUCGAUGGGACCAAGGGACGUUUAUGGGCCGGGCCAAACACUUCUUCACCGUUACCGACCCCCGCAACGUCCUGCUCACCAACGAACAACUAGAGAAUGCACACAAAGUCAUCAGUGACUACCGGCAAGGUGUGAUGUCCCCCGGGCUGACAGAGGACGAGCUAUGGCGAGCCAAGUAUAUCUUUGACUCAGCCUUCCACCCAGACACCGGAGAGAAGAUGAUCCUGAUUGGCCGCAUGUCGGCUCAGGUCCCCAUGAACAUGACCAUCACUGGCUGUAUGAUGACCUUCUACAAGACAACUCCAGCUGUAGUCUUAUGGCAGUGGAUCAAUCAGUCCUUCAAUGCAAUAGUCAACUACACCAAUAGGAGUGGAGAUGCUCCUCUCUCAGUCAAUCAGCUUGGCACAGCCUAUGUAUCUGCUACCACAGGGGCAGUAGCCACGGCUCUAGGACUAAAUGCACUAACAAAGCACAUAUCUCCCCUCGUAGGGAGGUUAGUUCCCUUCGCCGCUGUUGCUGCUGCUAACUGCAUCAACAUCCCUCUCAUGAGGCAACGGGAACUGAAACACGGCAUUCCGAUAACCGACGAGAACGAUAACCGGUUAGGAGAGUCAAGCACCGCCGCUAAGCAGGCUAUCUCCCAGGUGGUGGUGUCUAGAAUCCUCAUGGCCUCUCCUGGAAUGGCUAUCCCUCCAUUUUUAAUGAACACCUUGGAAAAGAAAGCCUUCCUGAAGAAGUUCCCGUGGAUGAGUGCACCUAUUCAAGUGGUCUUGGUGGGAUUCUGCCUGGUGUUCGCCACGCCACUGUGCUGUGCAUUGUUCCCCCAGAAGAGCUCUAUGUCAGUUAGCCGAUUGGAGCCAGAGCUUCAGGAGAAGAUCCGGGUGAGCCACCCCGGUGUGGAGAGGGUCUACUUCAAUAAAGGACUAUGAGUGUCCAGCCCAACAGUAGCCUUCCUCAGAGCAGCUCUACUGGCAGACACCACACCCUCCUCAUUCUGUGUGCCAAAGUUCACUUCUGCUUCUCAUCCUCUCCUCUUUUCUCUCCUCUGCUCCUCAGACAGAAUCCCUUGAUUCUCUCCCCUCUGUCUCCCUCCGCCCGCUCUCUUGUUCCAUCUCCCCUCUGUCUCCUCUCCCUCCUUUCCUCUUCUCUCUUUCUUCUCUCUCCCUCUUCUGUCUCCCGUCUCCCUCUUCUGUCUCCCUCUCUCUUUCUUCUCUCUCCCUCUUUCUUCUGUCUCUGUCUCUCUUUCUUCUCUCUGUCUCUCUUUCUUCUGUCUCUGUCUCUCUUUCUUCUGUCUCUGUCUCUCUUUCUUCUGUCUCUGUCUCUCUUUCUUCUGUCUCUGUCUCUCUUUCUUCUGUCUCUGUCUCUCUUUCUUCUGUCUCUGUCUCUCUUUCUUCUGUCUCUGUCUCUCUUUCUUCUGUCUCUGUCUCUCUUUCUUCUGUCUCUGUCUCUCUUUCUUCUGUCUCUGUCUCUCUGCUCUCUCCCUCUCUCUCCCCCUCCUCCCUCAGUCUUUUUGAGAUGUUUGCCUUGUCACUGUUAUGUUAUGAAAGAUAUUGUGGAGCUGUGAUGAUGGUGGUUUAUAGUGGGUCUGUGUACAGUAAGAGGAGAGGCUUCUAAGAUAGAUGUUUGUUUGUUUUUCUAUUCCCAUCGUUUUUUUGUCAGAUUUUUUUUUUUUUGGGGGGGGGGGGGGGGGCUGCCAGAACAUUUUCAUAUUAAAAACAGUUGUUUGUGUUCAGUGGAGAACCAGGUAAAAUAACAGGGUCUGUAUUCCUGUAUUAGUAACUAUAGCAGUAAUCAGUAUUAGUCACUCUUAAUCUAACUAUAAUGCCUACUCCAAUAUUCAGUUCAAGUAUUUGCCAAAUCUCAACAAUGGUUUGUGAGACCUCAACAAUACACAACCUCUAGUAAUAUAUUAAACCUCUAGUAAUAUAUUAAACCUCUAGUAAUAUAUUAAACCUCUAGUAAUAUAUUAAACCUCUAGUAAUAUGUGUCAUUUCAGAGGAUAACAAUAUGACGUCCAGUUCAUUUGAACUAAUUCAUAUUUUGCCAAAUGAGUGAACUUCGCCAGGUCUGCGUCCCAAAUGGCAUCCGAUUCCCAUAAAUCCCCUGGCCAAAAGUAGUGCACUAUGUAGGGAAUAAUAGGGUGCCAAAAGUAGUGCACUAUGUAAGGAAUAAUAGGGUGCCAAAAGUAGUGCACUAUGUAGGGAAUAAUAGGGUGCCAAAAGUAGUGCACUAUGUAGGGAAUAAUAGGCUGCCAAAAGUAGUGCACUAUGUAGGGAAUAAUAGGGUGCCAAAAGUAGUGCACUAUGUAGGGAAUAAUAGGGUGCCAAAAGUAGUGCACUAUGUAAGGAAUAAUAGGGUGCCAAAAGUAGUGCACUAUGUAGGGAAUAAUAGGGUGCCAAAAGUAGUGCACUAUGUAGGGAAUAAUAGGGUGCCAAAAGUAGUGCACUAUGUAGGGAAUAAUAGGGUGCCAAAAGUAGUGCACUAUGUAGGGAAUAAUAGGGUGCCAAAAGUAGUGCACUAUGUAGGGAAUAAUAGGGUGCCAAAAGUAGUGCACUAUGUAGGGAAUAAUAGGGUGCCAAAAGUAGUGCACUAUGUAGGGAAUAAUAGGGUGCCAAAAGUAGUGCACUAUGUAGGGAAUAAUAGGGUGCCAAAAGUAGUGCACUAUGUAGGGAAUAUAAGGGUUCCAAAAGUAGUGCACUAUGUAGGGAAUAAUAGGGUGCCGUUUGGGAUGGUGUCUGUAUUGGUUCCAUGACGAGGGUUUACUCCCUCUAACAAUGUGAGAUCUUAUAUUGGUUUACAAUGGCCAUUGUUCCGUAUAUUACUGGUGCUUUUGAGGCAAUAUCUUCAUAUAGUUGAUGUUUAUUCCAGACUAUUUACUCUGCUUCCCAAACCAUGCAUGAACAAACCACUCCUCAUCAGUGUGAUAGUACGGCAUAUGGCUGGUUACAGGUGUGUUUCAGACCCGAGUCAACUAGUCUGUAUUGUCACUUCAGGGCUACAUUCGGGGUGGCAUCCACAGCAGCUGUGUUUUAAAAAACGAUGACAAAAUCUUCUGUUCAACAGAUACUGUCUACAGUUUGAUAUGUGAGGGAGGGGGGCAAAUCGCUUUGUUAAAGAGCAAAACCUUGCGGUUCUGAAUGCAACCCGGUCACGAGGCUCCCACAGACCUUGCCGAACGAUGUGCCAAAGAGCUGAUGAAAUGUUUUAUGGUGAUACUCUGCUGUCUCAGGCUAGGUAGACCAUCUCUCAGGCUAGCUAGACCAUCUCUCAGGCUAGAUACAAGCACAGCAUGUCUUGUGCAUAUUUGUCAAUCCCUCAUUUUAAAAAUCUAUAUGACAGUGACAUUUAAGGAAUAGUGAAUGAUGUGAUCUGCUGGAAGAUUCACUCAAAUGCACAUGAUGUUAAACUCUGGACUACAGACAUAUCAGUGUAGCAAAAGCCUACUGGUGGCGGUACCGUCAGACAAAACCAACUCUGGAUAAUAGCAGUACCUUUAAAAAAAAUAAAAAAUAAAGUGAUGUAUACACAGAAACAAUAGAGAAAUUGAUAGUUUCAAUGCCGUUUAUUCCAGAGUUUGUCCGAAAAUAAAAUAGAAGUAUAUAAUUUUUUGAAAAAAUGUUUUAAAUAAUUAUUGUGAACAUUCCGUUUGGUUGAUAAAAGUAUCGUCCUUGGUUCAUCGCAUUAUGUGGUUUUUGUAAGGUGUUUUUAAAUGUUUUAAGUAUGGAAAAAUAUAUAUCUACAGUAUUGACUUAAUAUGGUUCUAUAUAUAUAUAAGUCUUUUCAAAGAGAAUCCUGCUAUAGAAGUUCUUUCAGAUAGUAGGAAGCGAUGGAUGUUUCUGUGUAUUUCAGUAGUUGAACGUAUCAUCGGCAGAUCUAUGCCGUGAUUUAACCUAAGCCGUGUUAUAGAGUCAGUGGCAUUGGACUGACAAUGCACCUUUUUUUAGAUUUUUUUUUUUUUAUAGCAAUUUCUCUGACGUUCCACCGAGAUCACAUUAAAACAUUGCACACGUUGGCUCAAGUGUAAAGGACGUUAAAGUGUGCUGCUCUAUAACACGCCUCGGAUUGAAUCACGGUCUCACCAUCUGUUGUUCAUUGCUUGGUGUUUCUCAUAUGUAAAACAUUGAAUGCUAUGUUUGGGAAAAUACAACAUGGAAAAAGCACAAUAUUGUGCUUGAUGGUUGAUCUGAGAUACUGCACAUUUAUAAGUCUCAGUAUUUCAAACUUAAAGUCCUAUACAUUUAUUUAAGCACAUUCAUUAAUCAAAUAGAUGAAUGUAACUUUAAAAAGCAACAAUUAGCGAGAGAUAAGCACAAUGGAUUCUAAUAGCUGAAUAUUUUUCAACCAUGUGUGUCUCUUCACCUUAGUCUUUAACUUGAUGUAUUAAACCCCAAGAACAAACCUUAAUUAUUACAAAAUACAAUUAAUUAUUAGACUGAAGGCCAUUUAUUGUUAUUUACCUAUCUGCCAAAUCAAACUGCUUUAAUGUCAAUCUAGCCAAAGUGAUACAAAUCCACUGGAAGGAAUAAGUCAUGACAGUUUACUGUAAUAUAAAUGAAAUGGGUAUUUUUAAGAAAGGGUAUUAUGAAAUACUGUUAAUAAUAGUAGUUCAUUGUUUUUUUUUUGCGAUAAAUUUGGGAUGUUGUAAUGUCUAGACAAAACUGGAUGAAAUAAAACAAAUGAAAUCUCAAAA